CACAUGUUCUUUGUGGGAUAUCCUUAACCUUGUUAGUUUACAAAGAAGGUCGUAUUGGAUGGAAUGUUGAUAGUGCAACGCGUAGAGAAAUUGAACCAGAAUUAAGAAUUGUAUCAAAUAUCAAAAUGGAAGUGUAA